UUGCUCGUGUUCCUCCUCCUCGCGGUGAUAGAAGUUUAGGCUGAAUUUGGGUUUGGGGAGGGGAAGAAAAGAAAGGAGUGAUUUCUAAUUUCUAAUUUCUAAUUUCUAAUUUCUAAUUUCUAAUUUCUAAUUUUUGGGGAUUUUGUUAAUUGGUAAGUGGUAGUUCCAAUAACACCACACUACAGAGUACAGAGUACAGACUAGAGACUAUUCACUAGUGUGUGUGUGUUGAGUGUUGAGUCUCUAAAGUGUUUGUUGAAAUCUGAAUAAAGGUUAAGGUUGUGAUUGGUGUUGGUGUCGGUGGUUUGGAAGUGGUGCGAAUGAAGGGAGGAGCAGGUGGUGGUGGUGUUGGUGGUGGUGGUGUUGGUGCGAAUGCAGCAGUUUCUACAAAGCGACGAUGGCGAGGCUUCGUAAUUGCAGUUUUAGGACUGGUCAUUCUCUCUAUGCUUGUCCCUCUCGUCUUCCUCCUCGGCUUUCACAACGCUUUUCACAAUUAUUCUUCUUCUUCUGGAUCCGGAUCCGGUUUUCCGUCUCAACAACAAGCUUCAUCCGACUCUCAGGAGCAUCAUGUUCAUGUUGCUCUUGGAGGUUAUCAAUCUCACAACCCCAACACCACCAUGGAUCCUGAUCAAGAUCAGGAACAGGAUCAGGAUCAGGAUCAGCAUGAUCAAACAAUACAUAUCAAAGAUCUUAUCCACAGAUUGGCACCCACUCUUCCUAAGGAGCAUAUUGAAAAACCAGAUCAGGAAAUAUCCGUUCAUAGUGGAAUAAACAAAUCCACCACUAAAGCCCCUAUGCAAGAUUUGCAGCCAAAAGGAAGCCAUGGGAAUCCUUUGGAGAAAGAUGUCCAUAAAGCAUCUCCAGAAGGAACUAGUGUUAACAUCAGCAGUCCUGAUGCAGUGAUUCAGAUAGCAAAAGGUGAUGAAAGGCUAACGUUAUGUGAAUUGAGAUUUGGGAGCUAUUGCCUUUGGCGUCGUGAAUAUAAGGAAGCUAUGAUGGAUGUUAUGGUGAAAAAGCUGAAGGAUCGGCUAUUUGUUGCUCGUGCAUACUUCCCGAGCAUCGCAAAGCUUCCUGUACAUGAGAAAUUGUCUCGGGAGUUGAAGCAAAACAUACAAGACUUUGAGCGUAUGUUGAGUGAAUCUACUACAGAUGCUGAUCUUCCCCCUCAUGUUGAGGAUAAGCUGUGGAAAAUGGAAGCUGCAAUAGCUAAAGCCAAAUCAGUUCCUGUAGAUUGCAGCAAUGUGGACAAGAAAUUUAGGCAACUUGUUGAUCUGACGGAGGAUGAAGCGAAUUUCCAUACUAAGCAAAGUUCUUUUCUUUAUCAACUUGCUGUUCAGACCAUGCCAAAAUCUCUACACUGCUUGUCUAUGAGAUUAACGGUUGAGUAUUUCCACACUAACCCCCUGGAUGUGGAAGAUUCGGUGACAGAGAAAUAUGUAGACCCAGAAUUGUACCAUUAUGUUAUCUUGUCCAACAACAUAUUAGCAGCUUCUGUUGCUAUUAAUUCGACUGUUAUACAUGCUAAAGAGAGUAGGAAGCUGGUAUUUCAUGUACUGACAGACAGACAGAAUUAUUUUGCUAUGACGCUAUGGUUUGGUAGAAAUACGUUCAAGAAAGCAACUAUUCAAGUAUUGAAUAUUGAAGAGUACAAUAGGGUACCCGGUUUAUUACUGCCUCAGGAAUUUCGUGUUACAUUCCAAAGUGCUCAUAAGCUUCCAAGACUUGAUUACAAGACGGAAUAUGUUUCCCUAUUUUCUCGUUCGCACUAUCUCCUUCCCCAAAUAUUCAAGAAUUUGGACAAAAUUGUUGUUCUGGAUGAUGAUAUUGUUGUUCAGCAAGACUUGUCCCCUUUAUGGAGAAUCAACAUGGGAAGGAUGGUCAUUGGCGCUGCUGAGUUUUGUUCUGUAAGGCUUGGUCAGUUGGACAAGUAUCUGGGUGGAGUCAAUUUCAAUCGAAACUCUUGUUCCUGGAUGUCUGGAAUGAAUGUGAUUGACCUUGCAAGGUGGAGGGAGCUUAAUCUUACUGGAACAUUCAGAAAAACCGCACAAGAGCUUAAAAGGAAAGGUAGACUGCCUGAAGCUGCUGCAUCUAUGGCUAGCUUACUUGCAUUUCAGGAUCUGGUUUAUGCGCUUGAUGAUAUGUGGGUUCUGUCAGGUCUGGGUCAUGAUUAUGGCCUUAAUCUACAAUCCAUUAAUAAAUUUGCGGUGUUGCAUUAUAAUGGGAACAUGAAACCUUGGCUUGAGCUAGGAAUUCCUAAAUACAGAAGUUUAUGGUUUAAGUAUUUAAACCGACAGGACCAACUUUUAAGUGAUUGCAAUGUCAUUCCGUAGAGGAUGAUCCAGCUUGUUUCAAGUAGGAGAUUUUUCGGCAUUCUUUUCCUUAGCUCAGGGUUUUUGAGAAUCCUGCUCUGCUAUGACUUGAAAGAUGCAGCCGGGACGAUUACAACGGGCUUGUUUGGCAUGCUAUUUUGUAAAAUUCAUAGUUGAAAGACUUGAAAAUUGGAUUAUUCUUUCAAGCAACAGAAGAGCUCCUCGUUGAUCAAAAAGUGAAACAGAUCAAUCUUUGUAUUAUCUAAACAAUGUCGAGAUUGAUGGCUCGAAAAUUCUUAGCUCAUGAUUACAGGGAUCCUGGGGACAUCAAGGAAAUAAGCUUCACCUUUAUACUUACAGGGUCCGAUUUUGCAAAGCUAAGCUUACAUCUACUUUAGUUGAGCGCUAUCUUGAGCAGAUUUGUCUUGUGUGUAAGUUAGAGUGUGUUGUGUAAAUGAUAGGUGGUCUAAGAUGACCCCUUUGUUCAGUCUCAGUUUUUGUUUUUAAACAGUAAAGGUUGCUCGGCUGAUUCGUUCUUUUUUGUCUAACUUGUAAUCAAUUUAUUGUCUUAAAUUUAUUUCAAGUUUUCUGUUCCAAAUGGUUGGAUUAGUGAGCUAUUGGUUCAGAAAUAGUUUUUAGCUAAAUGCAACUGGUUUUUUUUCUUCGUAGACAA